GGAUCAGCGGGCUGUAAAAAUAAGUCGGUAAAUCAGCUGGUUUCCCGGGGCUAGACGACUUGACAGCUCGAGUGAACGGACGGCUCAGGACUUCGGAACUAGGCGAGUGAGUCCCAUAAAAUAAAAACGCCAUACAACCCAACAAUUAUUUAUUAGUUCUUGCCAUUAUAUUCCCAGCAUCCUGCCUAAUACAUGGAAUACAAGACAGUAUUCCUUCCACUUCAAGAAGACUGUUUUCUAGCAAAGUUCUAUAGAAAUCCUGUCAAAGAAUAUGAAGAAAAACAGAGAAAGAUUCUGCAGUAGAGAGAGAGAAUUUGUGUAUGAAUUUAAAGUAGGAAGUCAGUGCUUAGAACUGAGAGUGCCACUCAGAUUUCCCAUUCAAGAGAAUGCCAGUCAUUUGCAUGGACGUCUGAUGCAGCUGCACAAUUUACCGUGCUUUAUAGAAAAAGACUUAAAAGAAGCUCUGACUCAGUUUAUAGAAGAGGAAUCUCUCAGAGAUUAUGAUAGAGAUGCUGAAGCAUCCCUGGAAGCUGUGAAAUCAGGUGAGGUAGAUUUACAUCAGCUGGCGAGUACAUGGGCCAAAGCUUAUGCUGAGACUACAUUAGAACAUGCAAGGCCUGAAGAACCCAGCUGGGAUGAAGAUUUUGCAGAUGUUUACCAUGACUUAAUUCAUUCUCCUGCCUCUGAAACUCUCUUAAAUUUGGAACAUAAUUACUUUGUUAGUAUCUCAGAACUGAUCGGUGAAAGAGAUGUGGAGCUGAAAAAAUUACGAGAGAGACAAGGUAUUGAAAUGGAAAAAGUGAUGCAGGAAUUGGGAAAGUCACUGACAGAUCAAGAUGUAAAUUCACUGGCUGCUCAGCAUUUUGAAUCCCAGCAAGACCUAGAAAAUAAAUGGUCGAAUGAAUUAAAACAAUCAACUGCCAUCCAAAAACAAGAGUAUCAAGAAUGGGUGAUAAAACUUCACCACGACCUAAAAAACCCCAACAACAGCUCCCUUAGUGAGGAAAUUAAAGUUCAACCAAGUCAGUUCAGAGAAUCUGUAGAAGCAAUUGGAAGGAUUUAUGACGAGCAGAGAAAGUUAGAAGAAAGUUUUACCAUUCACUUAGGAGCCCAGUUGAAGACCAUGCAUAAUUUGAGAUUGCUGAGAGCAGAUAUGCUGGACUUCUGUAAGCAUAAAAGAAAUCAUCGAAGUGGCGUGAAACUUCAUCGGCUCCAAACAGCACUGUCGCUUUAUUCUACAUCUCUCUGUGGCCUGGUUUUACUAGUGGAUAAUCGAAUUAAUUCAUAUAGUGGUAUUAAAAGAGAUUUUGCCACAGUUUGCCAAGAAUGCACUGACUUCCAUUUUCCCCGAAUUGAAGAGCAAUUAGAAGUUGUUCAGCAGGUGGUCCUUUAUGCUAGAACCCAGCGCAGGAGUAAGUUGAAAGAAUCACUUGAUUCUGGAAACCAAAAUGGAGGAAAUGACGAUAAGACUAAGAAUGCUGAGAGGAACUAUUUAAAUGUUUUACCUGGAGAAUUUUAUAUUACACGGCAUUCUAAUCUCUCAGAAAUCCACGUUGCUUUCCAUCUUUGUGUGGAUGACCACGUGAAAUCGGGAAACAUCACUGCUCGUGAUCCUGCCAUUAUGGGACUCCGAAAUAUACUCAAAGUUUGCUGUACCCAUGACAUCACAACAAUAAGCAUUCCUCUCUUGCUGGUACAUGAUAUGUCAGAGGAAAUGACUAUACCCUGGUGCUUAAGGAGAGCGGAACUUGUGUUCAAGUGUGUCAAAGGUUUUAUGAUGGAAAUGGCUUCAUGGGAUGGAGGAAUUUCAAGGACAGUGCAAUUUCUAGUGCCACAGAGUAUUUCUGAAGAAAUGUUUUAUCAACUUAGUAACAUGCUUCCCCAGAUCUUCCGAGUAUCAUCAACACUCACUCUGACAUCCAAGCACUAAACCCUUAUAGACUGACAUGCUGGCAGAAGAUGAUUCUUAACUCUCCAGAAAUUUGUGCUGUGUUGGGAUUCUUUCAAGCAAAAGAUUUCCAGAAAGAGAACCUACAAUCAAGCCACAAAUCAAGAUAUAUAUCUGUUAAACCAUUCCAAAAAUUUAUAUACUGCACAAACUAGUGAUCAACCACUAACUAAAACAUUUUUUUUUUUUCUGAGAUGGAGUUUUGCUCUUGCUGCCCAGGCUAGAGUGCAAUGGCACCAUCUUGGCUCACUGCAACCUCCGCCUCCCCGGUUCAAGUGAUUCUGCCUCUGCCUUCUGAGCAGCAGGGAUUACAGGCAUGCACCACCACACCUGGCUAAUUUUGUAUUUUUAGUUGAGAUGGGGUUUCUCCAUGUUCGUCAGGCUGGUCUUGAACUCCCAACCUCAAGGUGAUCCACUGGCUUCAGCCUCCCAAAGUGCUGGGAUUACAAGUCAUGAGCCGCUGCACCCAGCCAAACAUUUAUUCUUAAAGUCUUUUUAUGAAUUUCUCUUUUUUUCUUCUCUGUGUUACCUGUGAAUAUUGGUAAGUUAAAACUUUUUAUUUAUCACACAUGGACAUUUGCUGAAGGAAACGAUUAUAUUUACGUGGACAGAUUUGACUUUUUCAAAAGGCUUGACUCAUAUCAAGUGCGAACCUUAAUUAAACAUGAAUCUUCCUUUUACUUUAUUUGCCAAAACAAAAUUUAAAAGCACUGAAAUAUACAUUGCAAGUACAAAUUUCCUGUGAAAAUCUUUUUAUAGAAGCACAAAUGUAUGAGACAAAUGUGCUUUUUCUUUUAAAUUUUCCUGUCUCAGAACCCUCCUUUAAUCUCCUGUUUCUAAGGAUGUACAAGUUAGAGUCAGAAAACAUUUCGGAUUUUUUACCUCUCUCAUCCUCCUCUGUGACCUUGCACUUACAUAUUAAUAACAUUUCAUGGACUGUGAAAAUAGUGUUCUUUUUUGCAAGCUUGAUGUCAAGUUAGUCUCAGCACCUGGCAAUAUUUUAGUGCUCAUCAACAUUGUGACAAUCAGACAAUGAAGAUCAUUUUUGUUUUUCUGUCCUCCCUGCGUUCUCAGCUUGCUUAACCAUUCCUCUGCCUCUUGCAAUUCUUUGCUAAUAAAUGUGUCCCCACUUCUGCCUGUUCUGUUUCCCCUCCUUUUCCAUUGUUUUUCCUUAUGGUACUCCUUUCUCAGAUGCUGCGUAUCAUGUGUUUGUCCCCUCUAUAACAUAUUUGCUAUGAGUAGUGACUCCAUUAAAGGCAUUUACAAAAGCACACAGGUGUUUAGGAAAGCAAUAGUUUCAUAAUUCCGAGUUGCGUGGCUAAAUGGAGGGCAUUUGGGUCAUAAGAUGGCAUGUCUUGGUGAUAAGAAACAAAAAGCCCUCAUUAGUAUGCCUAAAUGUAAUAAACUGUUGGCAAACAGAA